AUGCCGGACUCGUUCUUCGCCGCGUCAAAGCCUCGCAAGCGGAAGAGGACGACUUCUACUCAGGAGCACAGCGCGUCUACCUCGAAAAAGGGCCGCUGGGCAGGUGGUGGCAAGCAAACGAAAGAGAAACAGAAGUCUGGAACUACUCCCACAUCAAAGAAGAAACGCGAUGAGGAGCUCUCGGAUGAGACGCAGGACGAUGAGUCCGCCGGUGGGAUCGACGAGAUGGACCUGAGGGCACCGGACGUCGAUCCCAUUGCGUACGAAAGCGGAGACGAGGACGAGGACGAGACCCCGGCUGAAAAGAGGCUGCGGCUGGCGAAGCUCUACCUCGAUAGUGUCAAGCAGGGUAUGGGCUUAGGAGAAUUUGACGCUGCCGAGAUUGACCGCGAGCUCAUUUCCGCGCGGCUUAAACAAGAUGUAAUGGAGCAUUCUGGCAAAGUGCAUCUCUAUGUCGCGGACAGUUUUAACAUAAGCGAUGCACCAUCCCUGCGUACUCGUGGACAUCGUUUCUCAGUGACGGCUGCUGCUGCCUCGCCCGAUGCGCGAUGGCUAUUCACCGCCGGCAAAGAUGGCAUGAUCAUCAAAUGGGACUUGCACACGGGUCGCAAGGCGCAUAUACAUCACAAGUGCCGUCCAGACAAAGGCAAGGCCAAGGCAGCCGAGGUCGACGGGCACACGGAUGAAGUCUGGGCGCUCGCGGUGAGCGCAGACGGGCGGUACCUCGCGAGCGGAGGUCGUGAUCGGCGCGUCGGCGUGUGGGAUGUGGAGAAGGAUGAGUGGGUAAAGGGUUUCGGCGGGCACCGCGACGCUAUCUCGGCGUUAGCAUUCCGUAAGGCACCGUCGAGCGCAUCGACAUCCACGCAACUCUACUCGGGCUCGUUUGACCGCACACUGAAGCUGUUCGACCUGACGUCGAUGGGCUACGUCGAGACGCUGUUCGGGCACCAGGAGCCGGUGCUCGCGCUGGACGCGUUACGGGCCGAGACGGCGGUGAGCUGCGGUGGGCGGGACAAGACGGUGCGAUUCUGGAAGAUCCCUGAGGAGACGCAGCUGGUGUUCCGUGGAGGCGGGCGGAGCACCUGGACAGACGAGCUGGACGGGAUGGAGGUGGACGAAGAAGGCGAUGAGGGGGUGCCGCGGCGGGCAAAGCCAAAAAAGGGGGACGGACCUGCACGCGCAAAGUUCGUUGAGGGGAGCAUCGAAUGCUUAGCGAUGAUCGACGAGAGCACAUUCGUCAGUGGAGGCGACAGUGGCUCGAUCAAUCUGUGGACCACGCAGAAGAAAAAGCCGGUGUUCACACAGGCCCUUGCACAUGGCAUCGAUGAGUCUCAAGUGGACACCGAAGAUGUCGAGAUUGUGCGAAAACCGCGGUGGGUGACUGCCAUCGGUUGUCUCCGCUAUUCCGAUAUAUUUGCAUCAGGUAACUGGAUAUGCAACUUUCCUCGUAAGCCUCAUAUUGACGUAUGUUGUGCAUUGUAUCAGGGUCAUGGGAUGGGGAGAUCCGACUGUGGAAGCUCGACGCAAAGCUCAAGUCGUUCUCUCUGGCUGGCACCAUACCUGCACUGGGCGUAG